AUGCAGCUCCCCCCAAUCGACAUCAUCCAUCAUGAGCCCAUCACUCUCAGUGAUGGGACCAUCCUAUCAGCCAUGAUCUGGCUCCCCAAAACCGCAAAUUCAGAACCUGUCCCAGCAAUUCUUGAAUACCUCCCAUACCGUAAACGGGACGGUACAGCAGUGAGAGACGCCAUGAAUCACCCGUACGUGGCAGCACACGGCUACGCUUGCGUGCGCGUCGACAUGCGCGGGACAGGUGAAUCUCAGGGUAUCCUGGGUGGCGAGUAUCUACCGCAGGAGCAAGAUGAUGCUCUGGAGAUUCUGAAAUGGAUCGCUGCUCAGGACUGGUGCACGGGGUCGAUAGGCAUGAUUGGUAUUUCGUGGGGCGGUUUCAACGGAUUGCAGAUUGCGGCUCGUCGUCCGCCUGAGCUCAAGGCUGUUAUCUCGAUGUGUUCGACUGAUAUGCGCUAUGACGACGAUAUCCACUACAUGGGCGGCUGCAUUUUGACAGAGAACUUUACCUGGGCUGCGUCUAUGCUCGCUAUUAACUCAUCCCCUCCAGAUCCAGCUUUGGUCGGUGACAAGUGGCGUGAUCUCUGGUUGGGGCGCCUCAACUCAGAGUCAGGAGGGUUUUACGCCAAAGAAUGGCAUCAGCAUCAGCGCCGCGACGACUUCUGGAAACAUGCAUCCAUCGGCGAGGACUACAAUUCCAUUCAGUGUCCCGUAUACCUGGUAGGUGGAUGGAUGGACCCUUACACCAACACGAUCUUUAGAAUGCUGGAGAACUUAAAAGUGCCCCGAAAAGGCCUCGUUGGUCCGUGGGGCCACAAGUACCCUAACUUUGGCUACCCAGGGCCACAGAUUGGGUUUCUGCAGGAGUCGAUCAGGUGGUGGGAUAAGUGGCUGAAGGGUACUGAGACGGGCAUCAUGCACGAGCCUAUGCUGCGCUGCUAUCUCCAGGACACAACCCCCCCUGCACCAUACGUUGAAUCCCGUCCAGGUCGUUGGGUCGCAGAGGAUAACUGGUCUGACUCAAAACCCUCUCGGAAACGCCUGGGUCUUGCUCCUGGACAGCUAACAUCCGGCCACUCAACCGAGGACAAGCUUGAUAUUUGUUCCCCCCAGACUGUAGGGUUUGCGGGGGGUAGGUGGUUGAUCUUUGGCGUUGAGGGCGAAGGGCCAGGAGACCAACGUCUUGAAGCCGGCGGUAGUCUCUUGUUUGACUCGCACUCCCUCACCGAACCGUUAGAUUUUCUUGGCGCUUCGGUUGUGAAGCUGAGGAUUGCGAGCAACAAGCCAAAUGCUCUAGUAGCAGCAACCUUGUCCGAAGUGUUACCCAGCGGCGCAGUAACCAAGGUCUCCCACGGCGUGCUUAACCUGACUCACCGUCAUGGCCACGAAGAUGUGCGACCGUUAAAGCCUGACCAAUUCUACGACGUUACUCUCAAACUGAACCACUUUGGACAGCGAAUCGGCACUGGGAGUCGUCUUCGCCUGGCACUGUCGUCCACUUACUUCCCCCUAGUCUGGCCAUCUCCCGAAAUAACCACACUUACUAUCGACUGCGCCCACAGCAGCCUGGACCUACCAGAGCGUAGCGACAACCCACAGGAUUCACACCUCAAGCCCUUCCGGCCAGCCGUCAACGGCUCCCUCGCACAGAAGGAACUGCGCCCUGCCAAGCACAGAAAUUUCGUCACCCAAGACUGGGACACAAACGAGACAGCCCUUUGUGUAGACUGGGACGAUGGGAUGUGGGAAGUGGACGAGACGGGCUGGCGGUAUGGCUGGUGGAAUGGGCUGAAAGCAAGUGUACAUCCAGAUGAUCCGUUGUCCGCGCAAGUAGAGCAGGGUUUCGAAAGGGAUUUUGAGCGAGGGGGUUUGGUGCUCAAGACUAAGGGCUGGACGAAGAUGAAGAUGACGGCGACUGAUAUGGUUAUUACGGCUCGUCUUGAUGCUUAUGAGCAGGGUGAGGCUAUCUUUGGACGUGACUUUUCCAUUACGGUUCCUCGGGAUCAUGUUUAA